AUGAUCCACGAAAUCCUGUUGGUUCUUUCAGGAUUUGAAUCAUCAAUUGUGAAAGCAGCAACUAAUAAUGAUUUAGGGUUAUCUUCAAUACACCGAUUUUCCGAGAAUUCUGAUACUUUCCACCAUAGGGGCAUUCAUCUAGACGAAAAUUCUAUAGACCUACUACAGAACCAAGAAACCAUAAGCAAUAAGACACUGCUACACCCCGCCGAAAAAAAACUAUUGGAAACGGUUGCUGAAUUUGGAGCACGUCAUCAUCAGCUUAUAGAAACUGUGCGAACAUUUGAGUAUACUCCAGCGCAUGUUUCAGGUCUUCCAACAUCGUUUAGCUUCUUAAGCCACAGCGACAACACCUACGAUGGAGAUAAUAAUGCAACAGCAGCUACUACAGCCAUACUUCCACCAUCAUAUGUCAUUGUACGACCCGCCAUUGUAACGACAUUUCGCACCCAUGUUUUACUUCCGCUAGCCACCCAACUGCAGUCCAUUGAAUCUUUGAUACUACGUAAAGAUGCACGCUAUGUUGGCGGUAACAACACAGUCUCAGUAGCGCAGGUCGUUUCUGAAGUUGUUCUUCGCUGGAAUCGUGUGAUUCGCUAUUCUCUUUAUGUUUUAGCGCUGCUUCGCGUGCAAGUUACACCAGCAAAUAUAAAUACAGAGUUUUUACCAGGCGAGUUUGGACUCCCGAUGCUUGACAAGGAAAUUAGCCAAACAAGUAAUGCGUUUGGAUUAUUUACAGGUCCAAUAGGAUACCCAGAGGUUGAUCUGGUGCGCGAAAAAUGUUUGCUUGCUGCACAUCGUGUAUGGCUUCAAAUGGCUGUUUCAUGGCUUUUGUAUGGGCAUGUUGCGGCCACAAGCUCGCUUAUUUAUACCAAGCAAAGGUUUGGAGACAACUUGACUGAUGAUACCGAAGUGCGCGAAAACCAUCGUGCCAUUGUGGAGUAUUUAUUAGCUAACCCAUCGCAACAACCAAUAACUGCUACUGCUGGAUUGGGGGGCAAAGACUCGUUGCGCUGGCGCGAUGCUGCGGGAGAUGCAUCACAGUGGGAAAAUGGAGCACCAAAGGACUUAUUUUUGCCACCAAAAGUCAGCUAUGAAAUGGGAUACCUGAUAUACACGACAGGAAACAUGGUUUAUCAAUUUCUGGGUGCUAAUGGGGCAUUUUCUGUUGACGAUACAUAUUCUUUAAAUAUACCCAACUUUCUUUCAAAGUCGCCUUCAAUAUCUUCCUUUAAUUCUUUUCUCGGUGUUUCUUCUUUGAGAAAUGAAUCAAGUGAGCUUCUGCAUUCUGCGACAACAACAGUAGCUGAGCUUACUGUUCCUAUUAAUGUAUCUGAGCUCCGUUUUGCUGUGCGAAGCCUACGAUCAGCUAUUUUGCGUACACUUGGGGGGAACAGCAGUAGUGAAACAGGAGGUAAGAGAGCAGGCCCCUUUCGUGCAAGCCGUGUAUGCCAAUACUUUUGGACUCUAAGAAAAGUAGCACUUGCUGGAGAUGCUGAGUUCUGUGCGCAACUUGGUAUCCAAAGUGAAGAUGUCAAAAAAGAAGCUGAGAUGAGGUCUUCAGGUGGUGGUAUGUCUUCUUUUUCCUUAGAAGUUUAUGAUGACGAUGAAAAUGAUGACGAUGAUAUGGAAGGCAGCAAUGAAAAUGGAAAUGGACUAAUAAAAAAGAGAGAUUCGCUUGUUCCAAAAGUUUCGGCAGAUGCAGUUCUACGGAAAUUAGCACCGGAGGUUUUGCGACGUGCUCUACUGAAUAUUGCUGAAAGUCUGGGUACCGAGGAAGAGGAUAAUGCUAUUAAUCAUCCAUUUUACAAACCACAAGAAUACAGUCUUUUCCGAAAUAAGGAAAUGUACUUUGACGCAACAGAAUUUUUAUUUUUAGUGCCAGACUCUUCUUUGGCAGAUACCCAACCACAGUUAGGUUUUGAUAUUUUCCACAAUUAUUUACUAGAUGUACCUACUCAGUUGGAAUUACGUUUGAAUUGGUUUCAAUCUGUAUUAACUCGAUCCCCCGAACUGGAUAGCGCAAAAUAUGCUGUAUUAUUUUCUUUUUUGGUAUCGCUUAGCUCAGCCCAGCGUUUACUGGCUGAACAGUGGAGAAGCCUGAUGACUUGGCGGGGACCAACGUACCGAAAGCGAUUAAAAAUAUAUCCACACUUGCAGCAAAGUUUACUUCAGGAACUAGACAGUUUAUUAUUUGCGGUUUAUCAUGCUCGUGUGUUUGUUGCUGCAGUUUGGGAAUACUUCCAAGUAACGGUGAUUGACCAUCAAUUCUCCAAAUUAUUGGGAAAAUGUUUUCCUCAAAAGGAAUCAAUACCGUACCCAGAUUAUUCGAAAUACGGAGAUGAAAAUGGGAGUGAUGAUGAAAAAGAUCCCUUUUUAGAUCCCGAUGCAAUUGCCGGUUUUCAUCAAGAGUUUAUAAGCACAGUUUAUGACAUGGUUUUCCUUGACAACGACGAUCUUAGCAAACUAUUUUUGGAACUUACAGUGGUAAUUAAGACCUCGAGCUCAUGGUUGGUACACAACCAGGCAAUGCUUCUUUUGGCAACCCAGACUAUGGAUAUUACACCUCAGGAACAAGCGCAGUUACAAAAGGCCGGGAACAGUAUGCGACAGCUUUCUAGAAGCAUUCACCGUGCUAUGGAAACAAUUUAUGAUCAAGUAGAAUACAUACAACAAAGCGACGACGAUGUGGCAACCAAAAACCCGUUGCAUUUAUUGUUGUUGCGGAUAGAAUUUGUUCGAGACCGCGUCAGCUCUGGAAUUCAAAACCAUAGUUCUGUUUCUCAAGACGCAGAAACAUAUUAA